CCACUUCGGCAGCCGUCUCUCCCUCAUCCACAUCCUAGCUAGUCUCAGCUUCCCCUCCCUCCGCCUGUCUUGUCCACCCGCAGAGGGAUUAAGCUCGCGCUGGGGCACUUGGUACGACAGGCCUUUGCGGGUUGAAAAUUUGCUGGGUCCUGAGGUGUUCAGACUAAAAAAGACUUUCCUCUUCUAUUGGCAAUCUCCACCAUGAUUCAUAGCCUUUUCUUGAUCAACUCCUCAGGAGAUAUUUUCCUGGAGAAACAUUGGAAAAGCGUGGUCAGCCGUUCUGUUUGUGAUUACUUUUUUGAGGCACAAGAGAGAGCUACUGAGGCAGAGAACGUACCACCAGUUAUCCCUACCCCUCACCACUAUCUCUUAAGUGUAUACCGGCACAAGAUCUUCUUUGUGGCUGUAAUCCAGACGGAGGUCCCGCCUCUAUUUGUCAUUGAGUUCCUUCACCGAGUAGUGGACACAUUUCAGGAUUAUUUUGGAGUCUGUUCAGAGCCCGUGAUCAAAGACAACGUGGUUGUGGUUUAUGAGGUUUUGGAAGAGAUGCUUGAUAAUGGGUUUCCAUUAGCUACCGAGUCAAACAUCCUCAAAGAACUGAUAAAGCCUCCUACCAUUCUUCGAACGGUUGUCAACACCAUAACAGGAAGUACCAAUGUGGGUGACCAGCUUCCCACUGGGCAGCUGUCAGUGGUGCCAUGGCGACGCACUGGGGUGAAAUACACCAAUAAUGAGGCCUAUUUUGAUGUGAUUGAAGAGAUUGAUGCCAUCAUUGAUAAAUCAGGUUCCACCAUUACCGCUGAGAUCCAGGGCGUGAUUGAUGCCUGUGUCAAGCUGACUGGAAUGCCAGACCUUACGCUGUCCUUCAUGAACCCCAGGUUGCUGGAUGAUGUCAGCUUCCAUCCUUGUGUUCGUUUCAAGCGCUGGGAGUCGGAGCGUAUCCUCUCCUUCAUCCCUCCUGAUGGAAACUUUCGCCUGCUCUCGUACCAUGUCAGUGCCCAGAACCUGGUGGCAAUUCCAGUGUAUGUCAAACACAGCAUCAGUUUCCGGGACAGUAGUUCACUUGGACGCUUUGAAAUAACAGUGGGACCUAAGCAGACUAUGGGGAAGACCAUCGAGGGAGUGAUUGUCACCAGCCAGAUGCCCAAAGGGGUCCUGAAUAUGAGCCUCACUCCAUCUCAGGGCACACACACGUUUGACCCAGUGACCAAGAUGCUGUCUUGGGAUGUAGGAAAAAUAAAUCCCCAAAAGCUACCAAGUUUGAAGGGGACCAUGAGUCUUCAGGCUGGAGCUUCCAAGCCAGAUGAGAACCCCACAAUUAACCUGCAGUUUAAGAUCCAGCAGCUGGCCAUUUCUGGACUCAAAGUGAACCGUCUGGACAUGUAUGGAGAGAAGUACAAACCCUUUAAGGGCAUAAAAUACAUGACCAAAGCUGGAAAGUUCCAAGUUCGAACCUGAAAGGAGAGUUUUGUGAAGGAAACAGCCACGAACACUUUUUCCUUUCUUACUUGUCUAAAAGUAAAAAAAAUAUCAGCCUGUCUCCUAGGUCAGUCUCCUUCUGGACCCACCCACUCCCUUUUUUCCUUAGCCUUCAGUGCCUGGAACUAAUCAAGGGAGAAAAGGGUCACCAGGGAGGAUGGGACAGAACUGAAACUCGGUCAGCACCAACUCAGUUCUCAACAAGGAGCUAUGUGAUGGAGGCCAGAGAUACCUGAUACCAUAUUUAACUAUUUUUAACAUGGUCACCCUAGGAAAACACUAGCACUUGUUACUUGUUUGGCUUUAUUAUCUAAAGCCAAUGAAAGGCUUCUUUGUUAUUUUUUAAGGUGGGUAGGUAGGUAAGAUAGAAGGAAGAAGGAAGGAAGGAAGGGAGGGAGGAAAAAAGGAAGGGAAAAAGAAGGAAAGAAGAAAGGAGGAAAGAAAGGUAGUUAGCUUGGAAGAAAAUGAAUGUUAGUCAGGCAAAGGCCAGCUACAGAUCUGAUCUAGGAGGGGAAGAAAGUGGAAACAGUGUUAAAGAAGUUUGAGGACCCAAGGUGAAAGUGGCAAGGAAAGCAAAUCCCACAUGGAGAAGGGUUGGGAAGAAUAUAGCUGAGUUUGUUUAUUUCUGAUCCCUCUACUUUCAUAUAUCAAAAAAAAAAUUGUACUUCUAGAAAUGAACUGGAAACUUCUAAAUUCAAGCCCACUGUUGAUAUGGAAACCCCCAGUAGAAUCCGAUUUUCCCUUGAAGGCCGUGACUAUCUGACCAGUUUCAGAUACUAUCGGCUGUUUGCCUUUAGGACUUGGUCUGUCAUCUUCAGUGAGAAGGUGACUUGCCCUUUUCCCGGUGGUGGCUGCCAGGAACUCCUCUUUCCCUAACCCAGAACACUUCUACUCACUUUACAGAAUUCACCAGCCUUUUCCUGUUACCUGAGGAGUUUCAGGAAAGCCAGUCCAGGGCAGCUGUAUUUUGUAUGUCAUAGUAUUGGAGUGUAGACGGCCAGCUCAUUCCUCACGAAGGUGUAGCCCACCUGUAACCCAGUGAUUCCUUAUUUUCCUUGGUCAGUGCUGUGCUGCUCCGGGGGUCCAAGCCACCCUGUUUGAGACUCUUCCAUCCAUAACCAGAAGUAAACAGAAUGUUUACCAUUGAGGGUGUGGUUGGUUCAUUCUUGAAGCUGCUCAGUAAAAUUAUGUCCUCAGUCUUUUUUUCCUCUAUAAUGUAUUUAUUAACAAUAGAUAUCUAACAGUCCAUUUUUCUUUUUAAGACCAUCCCCCCUGCACAAGUCUCCCAAAUAUUUGAAUGAAUCUUUGAAUGAUGUUGUAGGAAGAUGAGCCGUGUUAAUAAUGCGUAACCCAAUUUCAGAAACAUGGCAACUGGAGGAUUACCUCAGGCUUUCCCAGUGCGUGAUUUUUAUUCUAGUUUAGUGGGUCUGCUACCCAUUUACACAUUUAUAUAAAAGACAGGUUUUUAAAAGUUGUAGCUUAAGUAGUGAUAGUGUGCUCUACUUCAUGCAUGGAGAAAAAUGAAAACCUAUAGUCUCCAAACCCUAUGAUCUUUCUCCAAAGCCUUAUUUCCAAAACACUUAAGUGAUUUGUUUUUUCUAGUUUUAACUUCCUACUUGCUGGACUUGUUUUUGCUGCAGAGUCAUGUUGCUUCUUGGUUUUCCUCUGGGAUACACUGUUUUUCAGAUUCCAUCACUCCAGAAUUGGUCGUGAUUACUGCACCCCAUCUACACACCUACUGUGGUAGGGAAACAUCUCUGCCUGCGGGUUGUACAAUACUUAGCAUUACUUCUCCCUAGGGCUCUGGAGGAUUUUAAACUUUUGCAGAAAACAACCAAGUCUGUCCCUGAAUAUUUUUAGUGUUUUGAGUCCAGCUGUUUUAGUUCCUCCAGGGUAACUCAUCCUAAUCUCAGGCAGAGAAGUUAAGGAGGAAAAAACGUGUCUAGGGCUAUGGGACCUGCAGGCCUUAGCACAGAAGUAACGAUCACAGCGCCUGCGUAGCAGACCUGUGCAGCACAGUGGAGCCACAUUGCUACCACCCGCCACGUGUUAGUGUAACAGUGCAGGGUGUCUGGAUUGAGCUGUGGAGUUGCAUGUGUUUAACAUGUGCAGAAGCAUCUUCUCUGUUUAAAGUCUUAAUAAAGUUGAG